UCUCUUCGUUCCUCUUCCCUCACUUCCUGCAGGAGCAGCGGUGUGUUGUCAAACUGCCGCUGUUGGCUUGUAAACAUGGCGACCGCUGGAGCAACUGGAGACGACCUGAAGAAAGAGCUUACAUGCGCUAUAUGUUUGGACUUCUUCAAAGACCCCGUGAUACUUAAGUGCGGACAUAAUUUCUGUCGCUUUUGUAUCUGCAUGCACUGGGAUGAAAAUGGCGGAGACUACGGGUAUCAGUGUCCUCAAUGCCGGACGGUGUUCAACAAAAGGAGCUUCACUAAAAACUACUUGGUGCAGAACCUAGUGGCCAAACUGGACGAUCUGGAGCAUCUUGGUUCUUCUCCUGCUCCUUCCAAGUCCAUGAAACCGGAUGGAAGGUGUGAGCAACAUGGCGAAGAGCUGAAACUCUACUGCCAAACUGAUAAGAGGCGCAUUUGUGUUGUCUGCAGGGAAUCCAGAGCUCAUAGACACCAUCAGGUUGCUCCAGUGCCAGAAGUUGUGAAUGAUAUGAAGAUGGAGUUGAAAGUGAGGCUGAUGGAGCUCAACUGGCAAAAGUCGCAAUAUUCCAAAAUUAGGACAACGGAUGAGCGGACUAAAAAUGAAGUGCGGUUGAAGAAGCAGCGACUCAAAGAGAAGAUUGAAGCGGAUGUAGGGGUCUUGGUCCAGUUCUUGUUGGAUGAGCGAGACUCUUUUCUGGAGAGCUUGGACGCAGAGGAAGCCGCCUCUUUGUCUGUCGUUGACGACAACCUAGAGUUUGUUGAGAGUGAAGCAGCAGAUUUGGACAAACUCAUAGCAGAUAUUCAUAGUCACAUCGGCGGGAAGACUAACUUUGAGAGUCUUGCUGAAACAUUUAACGAAGCAAUGCAUCAUAAGUCUUUCACAUCCCUUGAGCCAGUCAGUUGCACCAUUGAAUUUACAGACUUCUCAGGGCCCUUCCAGCUCAUCAUGUGGAAGAAGAUGAUGCACGUGCUGCACACCAUGCCUCAGAACCUGACCUUGGACCCUGACACCGCUCACGCAAACCUGCUUAUAUCAGACUUUGACACCAAAGUGGAGGAGGGCCGCGUUCGCAGCCAGGAGCCAGACCUUCCGGGCCGCUUCAACCGGUUUUGCGGAGUCCUCGCCACAGCCCAGUAUGCCAGCGGUCAGCACUACUGGGAAGUGGACGUCAGGGACAAAGGAGUGUGGUACCUGGGGGUGACGACUGAAUGCAGCAACAGAAAGGGCUUUGUCAACCUCACUCCGUCUGCAGGAUAUUGGAGCCUCUGUCUGCAAGACCGACUGUACGCCAACGUGGAAGACGGCCGCAUUCCCCUCGCCGACUACUGGAACUCCCCUCGCGUCGGUGUGUAUCUGGACUAUGAUAACGGGCGCCUCAGUUUCUAUGAUGCGGUUACAAUGAAGAGACUUUACAUGUUCAACACCUGCUUCGAGGAGCCCGUCUAUCCUUUCUUCAGCCCAGGGAAGAACGAUGUAGGCAGCAGGCUGCAGAUAUGCCACUAUUAUUAACAGAGGUGUGAUUAGUGGCUGUGGAGAGUCCAGCCCAUGCUUUCAGGUUUAUUAGACGGGCUGGAGUGAUGAUAUGUUGCUUAUUGGAGCUAUGUUAUUGUGUGCAUUGAGCCGUCACCUGCUGGUCCUGCAUUUUGAAUAUGCGGUUCAGAUGAAAUGAAUAUCAACCGGGUGUAUUUUCUUUUUUCCCUGACUUGGACACAAACUGUAGGCUCACACCCCUAUGGUGAGGGUUUGGAGAGGUGCUUUGCUGUUUACAUAUAUCACUGUUUUGUGGGGUUGCAGAUGCCUCAGAUGUUCUUGGUGAUUAAAGCAUACUAACUUUAUGCUUUAUGUAACGUAGCUUUGCCAAACUUCAUUACAUUUGCUCAUGGUUUCCAUGCUUGUCUGGGGAUUUCUCUUGAAGUCCAUAUUUCUAGAAUUAAUGGGUCAGACACAGGUUUUAUGAAAACGGUUUUAUCAAAAACAUUUUAAAGCAUCUUUAUUUAUCCUUAUUUUAUCUUACACAUACACAGCUUUCAUCUGUUGCCAGGCCGACUUUGUAUUUCCAAGCGCCGGUUUUGCAGCGUAACUUUAUUGAAAGCAUGGAGUCAUGUGGUUUAGAGACUUAAACAAAUGUGAAAUGUUUUAUCCAGCUGCGAAGACGAAGAGCUGCAAGUCAAACGGGUACAUUUUCAUACACAGCAGCUAAAUAUUAAGCUGUAUUCCAAUACAUUUAGCCACUUGGUGAAUAAAUAUUUAGCUUCAUACAUUCCAUCAAUAGCCACAGUUAUUCUGAGCAACAACUUGGAUUUGACCGAAAUGAAAUGUUACAGAGUGUUGAAUGUUGGCAUUGUAUCUUUUUGCUUUUAUGUUUUAUCUUAUUUUGGUUAUUGCUGUUCUAUAUGACUGAUAAAUAAAUUUGCAAUCCUUGUAUCCUAUGAACAUGUACUGAUAUUUUUUUUUUAGUUUUUAACUUGUGCUGUUAUGGAUCUCUAUAUUGUUUUUUAUUUUACUUUUUUGUUUGUGAACAUGUGGUCUUGAAUGGCCUUUGAAAUGGCAAAUUUUCAAGUUAUUUCCGUUUUUUUUUUUUUUUAUUAGACAUUGCCAUAAGUUAGUCCCGAAGAAACUGGUCUAAGUAUUGGGAUUAUUUUGUUGCAUCUUAUGAUUUUUUUCUGAGUGUGCAUCUCAGUGGAUUUUUUUACCCAGUUGUAUUGGUUUCAUUUACAUAUCCAGCUUAGGAUUCUUUUCAGAUGUGUCAUAAAGUGCGGCUCCUGAAUCUUGCCAAGUCUUAUUUUAAGGCUAUUACAAUCUAUGAAUAUUCAUUAUUUUUCUCUUUUUCAUUUCAAUAAAAUGAGAGAAAAAUACUUUUUUUUUUUUUUUUCUUUAUUGUGAUUUUUGUUUUUUUCAUCCAUUUCAGUUUCUUCUGAAACAAACAGGCCUCAUUAAUAUAUGCUCUGCCAAAAUGAUUCCAGUUUGGGUCCAUCAGCUCAUUAAAUUCAAUAAAUGAAUUCAGCAAGA